GCACCUCGAGGUUUCCAGCGGGCGACGCAUUUGCUUUCCAAUAAGAACGCGCUCAGCACGCUCGUCGGCAACAGUUGAUCUUGGCGAGACAUUGACACAGCCAAUUUUCUCGGAAAGCAGCUCGAGUCUCGUCCGAGCGUGUGGCUGAUGUGCGCUGAUUAAGCUUAAGCGUAAUCAAAUCGAAUUAGCUAUAAUUAAUUCAGAGCAGAAAUGUUGCAACUUAUGUUCAUUUUGCUGCUCUGCAUCUGCCCCGCAUGGACUCAGGAGCAGCCAGUGCUUACCCUGGGCGCCUCCCAGCCAGCUACGAAUGCGCUGAAAUUGUGGCUAACGAUAAGUGCACGCAAACGUUUCCUGGAAGUCAGCUGGAAGCAUGCGCCGGCACGGGAUGGCGAUCAAGUGCUACUAACUGUACAGGAUCCGCAUAGUUUUGAGCAACGUACUCUGCCCACGGGCACGCCCCUAGCCGCCUUUGGCAGAGACAGCGGCAGCGACAGCAACAGCGAUAGCGAGGAAAGCAGCGGAUCUGGUGCUGACCAAGUGGCAUAUGUGCCCUUUCACGGCUACACCAGCACGCCCGGCUCCGUGGCCAAGGCAAAGAGCAUAAGCCCGGCGCGCCAGCACUGGAUAUCGAAUGGUGGCAACAAUGAGAUCGUGGCCGCCAUCAAGCCUAGCCAGUCCGCGCAGUGGUUCACCACGGGCGUGCCCUUUGAUUAUGCGCUCUCCCACAACGUGACCGCGCAGAGCGCCUGCUACGGCUACUGGGCCACCUAUAUAGAUGCGCAGGGAAAUAUACUGGCCAAGAGCUGUGUGCGUGCCUACCCCCGCUGGAUGCAUGAGCUGCGUGCCGUUGUGGGUGAUCUGCGGCUGCGUGAUCUCUUCAUACCCGGCACACAUGACUCUGGCUCCUAUAGACCAAAUUUUGAUCCGCUGCUGCGCGAGAGUUUGGUGACCAAAUAUGCACUCACCCAGGACGAUGAUAUACGUGGCCAGCUGCUGCAUGGAGCACGCUAUCUGGACAUACGUGUGGGCUACUAUCGACCCGCGGAGGAUAAGUUUUUCAUUUAUCACGGAAUUACAAAGCAACGUCCACUGAAAGAGGUCAUACAGCAGGUCAAGGAUUUUGUGCUGGAAACCAAUGAGAUUGUGAUAUUUGGGAUCAAAGAGUUUCCCGUGGGCUUUGGCAAGAAUCUGGGCGUGCAUCGACUGCUGGUCAGCUAUUUGCGGGAGCAUUUUGGUGAUCUCAUUGUCCAUCCAUCGCUGACCUGGCACGCCACGCUGCGCGAAAUCUGGAGGCGACAGCAGAAUGUGAUACUGGCCUACGAUAAAAAUGAAAUCGUGCAGGAGUUUCCACAGCUGCUCUUUGGCGCCGUGGAUCAGCGCUGGGGCAAUGUGCAGUCGUGGGCGCGUUUGGAGAGGCAUCUGCGCUACAUCAACGACUUUGAUGUGUCACGCUUUUCGAGCCGACCAGUGGUGGACAUGGCUGAGCUGACGCCGGAAACAUGGGAUGUCAUACUGGACAAGCAUGGAGGUCUGCGCAAAAUGGCCGACAAUGUGAACUGGCGCAUAUCACAGCUAUAUCAAGAUGAGCUGGGCGGGCAUGCGAACAUUGUGGCUGCGGAUUUCAUACGUGGCACCACGCUAGUGGAGACGGCCAUUGAAAUAAAUAGCCGCAAGGUCGUUUACUAGGCUGAUGGUAGCUCC